UAGGCAUUCUGUGAAGGAAAAAAAUAAAAAUGAAAGGAAUGUGUCAGACUUUAAACAAACUGCUGGGAAGAAAGGGGGAUGAGAUGGCGGGAGGGAAACUGGGUCGAGUUUCAACUAUCGAAUAAUGUAUGUCUGCGGAAGAUUUGGAUCAACCGUUCGGUAUAGGAACGACUAAAUGCAUGCCAAGCAGUAUAGCCUAGAAUCACCAGACAGUAGCACCCAAUUGCCUUUAGUGCAGUGUUCGUGACCCAGCGCAUACACCAUGGAAUAACUGGUGCAAGAUCUGCUGAUAUAAAACUCACUGCAGCUAAACAUAAAAGGACAGAAAGUUUUAUCAGUGUCAUUCGAUUUAAUGUUACCGUUGGCACGCCAGUGGUGGCAAUGGGAUGGAAUAGUACGGAAAAAUAGCAACAUAUCACACAGAAGACACGUGACUGGUUUUUCUUUUUUUUAUACAUUUCAAUUUUUUUUUUUAAACAUAUGCUUUGGACAUGUAAGCGAAAGCCAUAACACUGCCCUUAAAAUGAAACAGAGAGCGAGCCUACACUGAGAGAGCUACCGUUGCAUAUGAAUCACUGCCAAAUUAUCAGGAGGGCAGAGCAAGAGCGAACUCAGGAAUUGCAGUCUUGCAUGCGUGCCUUUGACGUAACUUUUAAGAAUCAAGUCCACUUUUAAUGUUUAGAUUGUGAUCAUUGGCCGCAGUUCGGGACAGUACCUGAGAGAAAUCCACGAGAUGGGGGCAAAGUAGGUGGCUUGGUAGCUAGAGUGAAGGUCGGACUGUGCUGCAGUGGCUCUGUACAUAGCCUACGUUAUGGUAUGCGGGAUAGCUAGCUAGCAGGGCUGAGAUUGGAGAGGGUAAACGCGGAGUAAGUUACAUGUUGCGAUUUUCUCUGUAGUUGGGAAGUGGACUCUUGAACUUGUAGUGUUUCGUACAAUAAAUUGUUGCCUACGACCUAGUUGAUAGCUACCAGCUACAUUGGACCGAGAAGGGAGAAACUUUCUACCGCCUGACGCAGAGCAGCAGACAUGCAGUUGACGGAGCUCCUUGCUUCGGGGAGCUUUCUGAUCCUGCUUCUGGCUCCAUGGUCCAACAACCUUUCCUUGUCUCCAGAAGAGGCAAACCAAUUCUUGAGGAGGCACAGGAGAGCCUAUCAAGUUUUCGAGGAGACAAAACAAGGGCACCUGGAGCGAGAGUGUGUGGAGGAAAGGUGUAGCAAAGAGGAGGCGAGAGAAGUAUUCGAAAACGACCCCGAAACGGACUACUUCUUCCCAAAGUAUUUGGCGUGUUUGGAGAAGUUCGGAGAUGCAGAUCAGAAGAAACAAGACCUGAUCACCUGUGUUCACAAUAUUCCAGACCAGUGCUCUCCCCCUCCCUGUAACGCUGUGGGUACGGUGCGCUGCCAGGACCAAAAGGGAGAGUUCCAGUGUCACUGUUUCACCGGCUGGACGGGACUCCGCUGUGAGAAAGAUAUCGACGAGUGUAACAAGAGUAUAAACGUCGGGUGUGACCAUGACUGCACCAACACCAUGGGGAGUUACCGCUGCUCCUGUCGCCAAGGUUACGCGCUGGUUGGACGCCACAAAUGUGAAGACGUGAAUGAGUGUCUGGACCCGGCCGUGUGUGGGACAGCUGUCUGUGUGAACCGGGAAGGGACUCAUGACUGUUUGUGUGAGACGGGAUACGUCUACGACAACAACACCAAGACCUGUCUGGACGUGAAUGAGUGUGAGCAGAGUGUUUGCGAGGAGGAGUGUGUUAACACGCCCGGCAGUUUCCGGUGUUUCUGUGACGGUCGACACGGCAUGAAGCUGAGCCAAGACCUCCGGAGUUGUCAGAAUAUCACCACAUGUGUGUCUCUUACUAUGAAGAGGAACUCCCGGUCCCUCUACCUGGGCAGGAUGUUCAGCGGCGUCCCUGUGGUCCGGCUACGCUUCCGCAGGAAGGUCCAGACUGGGUUUUCAGCUGAGUUUGACUUUCGCACGUUUGACCCGGAAGGGGUUAUUUUUUUUGCCGGGGGUCACCUGAACAGUUCCUGGAUCGUCCUGGCAGUGAAUCAUGGGAAACUGGAGCUGCAGCUGAAGUAUGGGGCAGUGAGUCGUGUCACCAGCAGUGGGCCUGUCGUCAACGAUGGACAGUGGAGAAAGAUUUCAGUGGAGGAGCAGGCGCGGAGUCUGGUGAUAAAGAUCAACAAGGAGGCGGUGAUGAAGAUAGCUGUGAACGGAGACCUCUUCACCCUGAAGAAAGGCCUGCACGAACUGAACCUGACUGUAGGGGGCGUGCCUUUCAAGGGGAACGGACUGGUCAACCAGGUGAAUCCCAGGCUAGACGGCUGCAUGCGUGACUGGUGCUGGCUGAGGGGGGAAGAUACAUCCAUUCAGGAAACCAUCGGGUCGAACAACAACAUGCAGUGUUUCUCCUCCGAGAGCCCUGGUGCCUAUUUCCCAGGGACCGGCUUCGCUCUCUUCAACAUCACACACGUAGAAUCCCAGUCUCUGAGUGUCCAGUUGUCUGUGCGUCCUGCCUCCACUGUUGGCGUUCUGUUAGCACUCGUUUACCAGGACAGCGUCCCUCUGUCCAUCGCCCUGUCCGACUACCAUAGAGACAGCCAGGAGUGGCGAGAGUUUGUCCUGGUCUCGGUAGGAGACGUGAUCGUGGCCAGCGCCCCGGCCUUCCUGUGUGACACGGAGGUUCAUGAGAUCAGCGUGAGGGUUGUAGGUAACCUGACCGUGCUGGAGGUGGACGGUCUGCCUGGGCAAAGUCACACCAGACCUGGUCAGGAUCUGGUGGACCUCAGCCUGCCUUCCAGUACCUUUAUAGGAGGUCUGCCUGACGUGCCCCUGGUGUCAACCCCGGUGUCGUCUUUCUUCCGCGGCUGCAUGGAGGUGACGGUGAACGGGCGAGCUCUCGAUCUAGACGAGGCCUUCCACAAACACAACGACAUCCGCUCCCACUCCUGCCCUCUGUUAGGGGGCAACUUGUGACCUCUGGAGCCCCCCGUCCCCAGAGGGAGUCAUGGGAAGUGACCCCUAGAUGCUGACCCUGGGUCAGUUUUUCAUUUCUCCCCACUAAUAGUUAAGGGUUACCCCUAGGGAGGUGGAAGCUGAUCCCAGAUCUGUAACUAGGUGGAAAACCUCACCCCAGAGUCCAUCAGUCCACUAUAGAAUCCAACUGAACCCACAGGGCCUUAACAAGUGGUGUGGCCCAAAUGGCACUUUAUUCCCUAUUUAGCCCAUAGGGCUCUCAUCAAAAGAAGUGCACUAUAUAGGGAAUAGGGUGUCAGUUGGGUUGCACCCCCCUGGAUGGCCCUCAGCCAAUCCACUUUUAUUACCAUUACGUGGAAGAGACCACUUGCACAUCUGACGCGUGUUGCUGCUGCGUGCGUGCAGGGAUGAAUCGGCGUCAUCUUUAUGGGACACAGACAGACACAGCACCUUGAACACCGGCCUUGCUAGUAUCAAGUCUGUUCUUCUAAGCGUGCGGUUUCGCCUCUGCCUUAUUCAGAGUAGAUUUGAUCCGAAGGUGGAGUAGCUGGGAAUCACCUGGACCAGCGCUUCUCCUCUCCAGGCCUCAGGAAUCACAGUACUGCUGGUUUUAGUUCCAGGAAUACCAGGGGGAAAUCAUUGAUCAGGUCGAAAUGAAACCAGCAAUACACCAGGUGCCUAGGAGUUGAGAAGCGCUCACACAGAGGUUUGGCGAACCAACUGAAUUCGUUGUGGAACGAGACUUGUCGGGUCGGUGGUGGUAUUCAGUAGGCACAUGGCUUUGUUGUAAAGCUUGCACACCAUCGGUCGUAGAAAUGGACUGAGUUUAUUUAGAACAUCUGUUCGGUGCUUUACAACUUAUGCAAACGUAGUCUACCUACAACUUAGCUCAGCACACUGCCUACAGAUUACAACCUAGGCCUUCUCUAAAGAACUCAAUAUGACCCCCGAAAUCCUGCCAGGCAACGCUUCUAAUCCCUCACCAAGCCGCACACAGUUCAUCCCUCAGCCAAUGAACUGCCGUCCCUUCCCCGGAAUCACCAAUCAGUAAUGUACAAUAACCAAUCACAGACAGACAGAAAGGUGAGAGGGCACCAAGAGCACUGCAAAACCACACCCCCAACACUACAGUACAAUACUACACAAAAACACACUUCACAAGCUACUGAGAGAAAACGUGUAAGCGCUGUAAAAUACUGUAUAUGUAAAUAUGUGACUACAAUACUUUUUAGAAAUAAAAGAACCUAACCCUAGUGUAAAACCAUUUCAGUUCUCCAAAGAAUUGUCAAAAAAGAUAGAACAUAUUAUUUCAUUAUGCCAAAAAUGACUCCAGUAUUUGCUCUUUUUGUGCUUUUGUUUUCUACUUUCUGGUGAAUGAAUUUCAGAAUGUAGCCAUUUUUGUGUAUUUUUUUUAAAUCUUCUGCAUUGUAUAUUAUUAUAUGGAACUAUCAGUUUGUAUUUGUAUUUCAGUCUUUACAUCCCUGAUCAAUUCUACCUGUUUGAAAACCAAAUAAAGAUGGUUGUCUAAA